GUCACAACUCACACGGAUGCGUAACUUACCAGUGCGCCUGUAACAAUACCAGCCUGAGCGUGUGGCCGUAGGACCGUGACUGAAGACAACAAUCCUUCAGAGAUGAACAGGGGUCCUAUCAUUCUGACGAUAGAUGAGGCUGAGUUCCUUCUCGACCAAAUGCCCGCUCCGUCGUCUGACGAGGACGAGAUGGUCACGAAGUUGCGGAAAAGCAAAAUGAAGCAUGCACCAAGCCGCUUACCCGCGAGGCUCUCGGAAGAACUCGGGUUCACUUUACACGUUUUUCCGAAGACGCAGACUGUUGUACUUACCAGAUGACAAUUUCUACGUUUGUUGACGAGAUUCAGACAGUGCGUUGCCCGCGAUUAUCGAUACAUUCGAGCGAACCAUAACCGACAAUAUUACAAACCUAAACGAG